GACAGCCACACGGUGUUACGGUUGCCAAGGCUUAAUUCUGGCACAUAUCACCCCCCAUAGGCUAGGCUACUCUACUGUUAACUACAGGGGUUGAGAUCAUCCGUUCAUUUGCGGAAGUGUGGGUCCAGGCUUUAAACAAGAACGCAACAACAAAGGGCUUCGCAUUGGAAAGUCGUGGAAAUACGAUAUCGCUCGUCAAGUCAUACCUAUUCAGUUGAUUGUUCCAAACUUGACACGUGAGUCCAUUGCUUAGGCUAUAGCCUUCCUUAGUUUUAUUUUCAAUUUGAUUUAAUCUUUAUUACAUCGUGGGACAGGCUGUAUGUUCUCACUCAUGUCAGUAUUUUAUGCAGUCUACCCUAGCUAAGAUACCCGAUGGAGUUGAGCGCGGAGGCGAUGAGUUUUGGCGGUGUAGCCUAUCUUCGACUACAUUGAGUCGGUAUCAGUCGAUACUUGUAAAGAUGUCCAGUGACAGGCUACCCUAAAUUUAACCCAAAAUUAUUUAAUCCAUCGUGUGUCUUUUGAAGUUAACAAAAUGCCACGCUUUCGCUUUCGCUCUGUAGUUUGCCGCUGGUGUGAUACUUUUAAUACAUGAUAGGCCUAAAAUGUAACAGGAAGUACAUAGUUGCAGUCUUAUUGUGGUUGUAAUUAUUUCUUAAAAUAUAUUCAUUUCAGUCACACCAUGGCUACAGCGGAUGCAGUGUACAGUCCAACAACCGUUUCAGAGAACAAAUCCAAAAAGUGGUUCAUUGUACCAACAGAUAAUUUGGAUAAAUUCAGAUGUUUGAUAAAGGUGGUUCAAGUGGUAAGUAAUGUUCUAUCAUAGUGUUAUGAUAAUGUUAUUGUACAACUUUUUGUUGUUGUUCAAUGUUCCACUGUUGGGCAAAAUCUUAAUUCAAGCAUAAAAUGAAACUACACUGAACAAAAAUAUAAAUACAAUAUGUAAAGUGUUGGUCCCAUGUUUCAUGAGCUGAAAGAAAUGAUCCCAGACACUUUCCAUAUGCACAAAAAGCUUAUUUCUCUCAGAUUUUGUGCACAAAUGUGUUUACAUCCCAGUUAGUGAGCAUUUCUCCUUUGCCAAGAUAAUCCAUUCACCUGACAGGUGUGGCAUAUCAAGAAGCUGAUUAAAUGGCACGAUCAUUACACAGGUGCACCUUGUGCUGGGGACAAUAAAAGGCCACUGAAAUGUGCAGUGUUUUUCACACAACACAAUGCCACAGAUGUCCCAAGUUUUGAGGGAGUGUGCAAUUGGCAUUCUGACUGCAGGAAUGUCCACCAGAGCGGUUGCCAGAGAAUUACAUGUUCAUUUCUCUAUCAUAAGCCGCCUCCAAUGUCGUUUUAGAGAAUUUGGCAGUACGUCCAACUGGCCUCACUACCACAGAUGUCAACGUUUCAUGUGGGCGAGUGGUUUGCUGAUGUCAACGUUUUGAACAGAAUGCUCCAUGGUGGGGUUAUGGUAUGGGCAGGCAUAAGCUGCGGACAACGAACACAAUUGCACUUUAUCUAUGGCAAUUUGAAUGCACAGAGAUACCGUGACGAGAUCCGGAGGCCCAUUGUCGUGCCAUUCAUCCGCCGCCAUUACCUCAUGUUUCAGUAUGAUAAUGCAUGGCCCCAUGUCGCAAGGAUCUGUACACAAAUCCUGGAAGCUGAAAAUGUCCCAGUUAUUCCAUGGCCUGCGUACUCACCAGACAUGUCACCCAUUGAGCAUGUUUGGGAUGCUCUGGAUACUGACUGGUUUUCUGAUCCAUGCUGCCACAAAAAAAAAAAGGUAUCUGUGACCAACAGAUGCAUAUCUGUAUUCCCAGUCAAGUGAAAUCCAUAGAUUUAGGGCCUAAUGAAUUUUAUUUCAAUUGACUGAUUUCCUUAUAUGAACUGUAACUCAGUAACAUCUUUGAAAUUGUUGCAUGUUGCGUUUAUAUUUUUGUUCAGUGUAUUUCAGAGGAGAGGAAGACAACAACCUUCUGGUCUAUCUAUCUGUAUUUUCUGAUGGCACCGAGUAGUAAAACAGGGUUAGAUCAACUCUGGUGGCAAUAUGACAUUUUACCUAGUGGUGUCAUCACAUGUUUACUUUGUGCUCCAGACAUAAGACCAGAUGAACAAGUGUGUAUGUAAAAUGUCUAAGUAUUAACACCUAGCUCCCUUGUCAGUUAUGAUACCAAGUUCCUUGGAAGUGGAUAGUCUGCGUGUAGUAAAUAGACAUAGAAUAUGCAGAUUUUUCAAAUGCUACCAUUUCAUUGUUUUGUAUGUAACUGGAUCUGGCUCCCAGAAACUGUGGGCUGUCUAUCCCACAAAAACAUCCCACAAUUAACAGGCAAGUUUGUAAACCAUAACUUUUGUGGCCUUCUCAGGGUGCGACCAUUGUCAGCAGUUGUUCUUCAUUGUUCCUUUAAAUGUUGUGAGUCCGACUGUUCUAUAGAACAGUUGCAUCAGUGCUGGUGAUGAUGCACUCAUCAGACCACACCCUGUCCUCCCACAUCCCCUUCAUGAUGGGGUGGGGUAUUUGUCAGCAGAGAUGACCCUCAGGAACCUUUAACUGAUCGUCAGGCCUAAGACGGCAACGUUUUUUUCUUCUUCAGAUUUCAGAGUCCAAAUCAGUCACUGGAGCUGCUGUAUCCUAUUGAGGGUAGCUGAAACCAGAUCCUGUAUAUUUAGCUCUAUAUAGCCUGUCUGGAACAGCACUCCGAUUGGACAGUUGGACGUAUCACCUAGCUUACAUAUUAAAGAGGAGACUGGGUCGGAAACCAUUUUAGACAAUUGAGAUGCCUCCGUGUAGGCCUUGAUGAAACAGCAGUCGUGCUUAAGUCAACAAGUGUACGUGGCGUGCAUAUGUUCAGGGGGUGUGUCUUUACAAGCAGAAGACAGAUCUUGGAAUUCUGUUGAAUUGAGUGAGGCUACUACAGCAGACUGCUGUUGACUAAUGUUUGACCCCUUUCUGUGCCCCGCUGGUCAUCACAAGUGGCAGAGUUGUGAAAUGUCUACAUUUUGAACUGGAUAUCAUGAAUGGCUUCCUCUUAUUCCUAGACCUCAUUGUCAAGGCUUCAACUAUUUGACUGCCUUCCUAACUGCAGUGAAAUGUUAUCUUGUGAUCUUCAAUUGAAUUCAAAUCACAUGGUUCAUGGCUUCUACCUUGUAUUUCUCCCCAGUUAACAAGAUCUUGAAACAAACUGUUUCCGGGCAGGAUGGAGGGCUUAUUUGGUUGAGGGCACCUCUUGUACUAUUAGGUUGGCCUGUGAGUAAGCAGGUUAGAGGUGGAGGUUUACUAGUUGCCAUAGUUUGUGAUUUGAGCUCUUAGUCCAGGCAAUUCUUUGGGGGAAUUGAGUCUCCUUCUGGAGCAGGAAAUCUGAGUUCAUUCAGAGUUUCUCUUGUGGGACCGCAGUCUGGAGACAGACAGAGUUGACGGGGCUCUGUCUUCCUCAAAUCACUGGGUUCCUAGUCAAGCUAAUCAGAGCCAGGUGUUAGCAAUACCGCCUAGUGUCUAGCGGUGCACUGCAAAUGAAAUUAGCAGCCAGAUGCAAAAUGUAAUUACCAGGGUUAUUUUAAGACUUGCUGUUUGACCUUAUUAUCACUGACUGUGUGUGUGUGAGAGAGAAACUAUGGAUUCCUCCAAAUAUGAUCAACAUUGCAAGAAUGCUUGGCAAGCUCAUUGCACAUAAAGAUCUGUGGAAUUAAAUGUAAUUUAAAGCAUUUCCCACUUAAAGCCACAGAACCCUGGAUUCUUCUUCUUUCUGACGUGCUACUCUUUCUCUUGCAACAACACUUUGCUGGAGUUGUGUGUUCAUAGAACACACUCUCACACACACACAGUCUUGUACAGCUAACCUUGUGGGGGACACACAAUACAGUCCCAUUCAAAAUCCUAUUUUACCUAACCCCUAAACCUUAACCUGUACUCUUACCCUAACCUUAACCCAAAAACCUAACCCUAAAACUAACUCUAGCUCCUAACCCUUAAUGUAAUUGUAACCCUAACACUAAUUCUAACCUUAACCCCCUAAAAAUAGCAUUUGACCUUGUGGGGACUAACAAAAUGUCCACAGUUGGUCAAAUGUUUGUUCGUUUACUAUUCUUGUGGGUACUUCUGGUCACCACAAGAAUAGUUAAACACGUCCACACACACACAGUCACACACAACAGACUGUAAAGAAAGUAUUAAAGGUACUGCAGAAAGAUGUCCUCUUUCUGGAGGAGGCCCAGUCUUUAUUACAGGGUUGAUGUCAGACUGUCUCCAUAUGGUCAUGUAGUAAACCUGGAAAUGUAGAGCUGUGGCUUCAUUAACACUAAGGCUGGGGUGAAACCGACUGUGGUGCAUUUUACCUUGUAAUAUGGCACUAAGGCCUACAAACUGUACAGUUUAAGCCACUGUUCUUCUAGAUACACAUAUGGCACAUUAUGCUUGGCACCGUAUUACAGUGAGCAUGUGUUUGCUGUCUCGUUUAGUUUUAGGUACCCAUUUAGCACUGUCUGAAUAGUGUGAGGACAGAUCCUCAGUGUAAUAUGCUAUCUGCAUGGUAGCGGAGUUGUUGACCUUGAUUCCUGAGGAAGCCGACCUGCCCUGUUCCUUCCAAACAAUCGCCAAGAAAACAAAAAAACACUAACCGUGUGAGUCAGUUAAUGUCUGGUUUUGCUGGCCUUGUGUGGUCCAGUCUCUUGGUUUCAGAAAACAAAAAUAUACAUUUUCAGUAUUUCCCUUUCUUUCUUAGGAAUCUUUAUUAAUAGUGGAUAUUGAGAAAGCAAAAUGGGGUCUGUGGGUGUUGUAAAGGGGUGGAUCCUUUAGUUGGUCACAGUUCUAAUGGGAACAUGAAAAAGCUAUUGUGUGUGGUGUAGUAUGAUGAAUAGAGCCAGUAUCUGGUGCUUCCAUCACACUGAUGAGCUUUAAGAGUACUGUGAUGGUCACACCAGAAGAAUCCUCUCAUUGUGAAGAUUACAUGAAAGAGUUGUCCCUUCCUCCAAGUCCAACUCUGAAUUUUGCAUGAAAUAUUUAGACAUUUUCAUAUACCCACAUUUACAUAGGGCUAUGAUAGUCAACUCUACUGAUGGCAAUUCAGUUUGAAAACACUAUAUUGGCACAGAAUAUAAAGAUUGCGUUAAGACAGAAUCCUGAGUCCAUCAGUACUUAAGCCAUGCACAAGCAUAAUUGACGACACUAAAUGACCUCUACCCUGCUCUGAGACAAAACAAAACUUCCCAUUUAACUCUGGUAGUAAACAGUGCCAUCUGUUAUUGAGACUGGGGUAGUACAUGAUAACAGUGGGAGAUCAGUUAGUUUUGACUUAUGUCCUCAGCUCCUGUCGUUCGUGGCCUUCAUUCUCGAAGAGGUAGUGACGACCUGCAUGAGCUGCUCUCCGCUCUACUUCUUUGAGUUUGUCAGCUGCACAGCCUUCCUCUUCACAGCUCUCCUCCUCGUCCUCCUCGCUACCAACCUGCACAAGAGAGUGGGCAUCAACUACUGGCCCGCUGUGGUGAGUCCUCAGCGUGUGUGUGUGUGUGUGUGUGUGUGUGUGAAUGUACACAUAAUGUUGAUAAAUGAGGCUCACUGACUUUCCUGGCAUUUUGUAGGUUUAUCAUUCAUAAGACUUUGUGAAAAAUGACAUUUCAUGAAGCCUGCGUGUGUAUGUGAGGGUACUUGUAAUCAUAUUUAAAUGUAUGCUGGUGUAUAACCAUGCUGACCUGUCUCUUGCAGGACUUUGUGUACACGGCUUUGAUGGCUGCAUUCUUCCUCAUCGCCUCCAUUGUAUUUGUCUCAGAUAAUGGUGGAACUGACCUGGAGAAUGCUGCUGUGGUAAACUAACAUCUUUACUCAGACUUUCCUCAUACGUCAGGAUCCUGGUUAGUGUUUUCUCAAUUGAAGACAAAAAAUACCAGCCCAAACAAAGCUGGGUUUAGAUAGAAAGGAGAACCAUUUUGUUUUAAACUGUUUAGAGUGUCAUUUUUGUACUCUUAGUUACAAGAUGUUUUACUAAUGUUAAUGCUUAGUAAUAAUUUAUAACUUUUUUAUUUUCAGGCAUUUGGCUUCCUGGCCACUAUGGCAUUCCUGGUGGAUGCUGGCUGGUUUGUGAAGACCAGGGGUUUUCCUUUUAAAAGGACCAACCAGCAAGCCGCAAGCAACGGUGAGGCCCCCGUGGCAGAGGCCGAGAAACUCAACAGGGAACAGAAUGAAGCAGACUAGGCCCAAGGAUACCUAAACGAGUGUAACACUGGUAUCUCUUUCUCACACACACACACGCAAACAGGCAACACACUAAGACCAUCAGAGGACCACCUUAUAUCUGCUUAAAAGCAGGAAAGAAAUCUCCAGCAUUUUAAAGAUAUGAUUUAAAGGUUUUAUUCUUAGCAGUGGGACCAUUUUUGUUGGAGACUUGGCCUGUGCUGUAUACAUUUCAUUCCCUUGGACUAUGGACCUGCUUGGAAUGGGACCACUCAUUGAUUAAUUAAAAUAGACCAUGGCUCUCCAACCCUGUUCUUGGAGAUCUAUCCUCCUGUAGGUUUUCACUCCAACCCCAGUUGU